AUUUGAUUAAACUGUGUACUGCUCGUAUCAAGGAAAUAAAUAAUUAACGCACUAUUUUCUAACAAAUUUUGACGGAAGAGCUCUGUUCCGGGUUAUAAGAAACUCCUGUGUGGAGGUAAAAAAGAGUACCCAUGGAAACGAAAAUCGAGGCAUGUAAACUUCCGGUUUACGCUGACAUUCCUCAACAUUCACAACUUUUUCAACUUGCGAUACAAAUAUUUUUACCGGGAUAGAUUUUGAGGGAUUUCAGGUGCCAUUUUUGAAACAUUAUUUGCAAGAGAGGGGUAUAGCAUGCAGUUUGUACCGUAAAAACGAUUUAGUUAGACUGUGCAAGCUAGCAAACGAGUUGGACUUGGAGGUUGUGACCUGUGAUGACUACCACCACAUGGACGUCCUGAGACGCACUGUUGAUUCAACUGUAUUGGAUGACCUCAGCAAGGUAAAGUCCUGGAUGUCUGAUAUGACUUCUGCCCCUAAUGUGGAGUACUGUGAUAUCAUCAUAUAUUUCAUGAACGUAUGCGGUUGGUCUGAAUCGAGGUUGUAAAAUUACAAGAACGAUAAUGGUUACAAACUCUACAUGGACCAUCAUAUCAAUGACGUCUGCCUUGGGAACAUUUCAAAUAGUGACUCGCAUUUGUACGUCAAGGCGUCGUGUAUCCCUGAGACCAGACAAAGUGCCACUCCGUAUUCUACGUGGCUUCUCCUACAGAAGGAUGGACAUGUGAAAUCUGGGGGUUGCACCUGUGUUGCUGAUGACGGCACAUGUAAGCAUUGUGUGGCAUUGUUGUUUGCCUUGUCAGCCUCCUGUGAUCGACAUAAAGACCGCAGCACUGAGGUUGGCACAGACGUUGCUUGUGUUUGGGACAACCCGAGGAGAACCACUACACCAUUAGAGAUUGAGCACAUUGAUACCAGAGUAAAUAAGGUAACACCUGUUCCCAAGUCUGCUACUGCUUCAAACUACAAUCCUAUGGUUAGGACAGAGUGUUUGUCCAAGAGGCAGGUGGAGAAAGAGGUUUAUCUGUUGUGUAAGAAAAGUGAUAGUGUGCUUCUUCAAACUUUGGAUCCACCAAGUGAUGAUGACAGUUCAGAUGAUGAAAUUUUCCCGCCAACUUUGACAGAAAUUGCAGAUACUGUGAAAGGUAAUGUUGAUGCUACAAAUUUGUUGGCGUCAAAAGUGAUUUCAACACAUUCUGAUGUGAAAACAGUGCAGAGGAUUGAAGAAAUGACAAGGGGUCAAGCUGAUAAUAUUGACUGGUUUGCUUACAGGACAGGUCGUGUGACAGCUUCCAUAUUUUCUUCAGUGUUACACUUUCGAUUCAAUGAGAAUUAUGAUAACUAUAUAUUAAAAAAAGUUAUGUGUCCACCACCUCCAGUUAUGUCCUCAAGAUCAGGUGCCCCAGAAAUUCUGAGGUUUGGCAAAGACCAUGAACCUAUUGCUCGAUCACUGUACUCUACACAGUAUGCAUCUAAUCACAAGAAGUCAACAGUCAGGGAGUGUGAUUUCUUUGUUGAUACUGAUCAUCCAUUCAUGGGUGCCUCACCUGAUGGUCUGGUUUGCUGUAAGUGUUGUGGAAAAGGGUUGUUGGAGGUCAAAUGUUCUUAUACCUUCAGAGAUUCAACACCACAAGAUGCAUGUGCUGAUGCUCACUACCACUUGUACAGUGAUGAUGCAAAUGUUAUCCAUUUGAAAAAAGAUUCGCCUUGGUACAUCCAGUUUCAUGGACAGAUGGGGGUGUGUAAACUAAAAUGGUGUGACUUGGUAUUCUACACAAAGAAGGCAUUUGCUGUGGAAAGAAUCCAUUUUGACCCAGAGAUUUAUGAACAUAUUGUUGAAAAAUCUAAAAGAUUUUGGGACAAGUAUGUAACUAAGGCAUUGUUGCAAUGAUUAUUCCUGGUGAUGAAGUGAUUGCUAUGACUGGAAUCCACAAUCAGAGGUGCAUAAAUUGAUAUUUGAUUGAUACCCCAAAUACUGAGUUUGUAAUUUCUUCCAAAAUCUAAAGUUCAAUAGAGUAAAUUGUAUCACAAGUAAAAAAUAGAUAUAGAUCUAUGCAUGUUUAUAGAGAAAUAUCUAUGGCAUGUAUUGGUGUACAUCUUAUGUCUAGAAAAUCUCUGACAAUUCUAUGUGUUUAUUGUCAGUUAAAACUGAACAAAGCUUACUUUAGAAAAUUGAUAUGAAAAUUACUAAACUUUUAUGGUAAGGUUGGUGCUGAACAAUUCAACUCAUUAUUGAUCUUAAAUCCAUGUAUUGAGUUCUAGUUUCCUACUAGUCCACUAAUUUUAACCUUUGACUCAAACAGGUAGUUGGGCUUAUUACAAGGUAAUUAAAAUAUUUUUUUUGACAUUUCUUAUGAAGCUGUAAUAAAAGUGGAUUGGCUUAGUAUACCAGUCAUUUGCUUAUUGCCAGAUAAGUACAUGCAGUACUACAUACUUGUAUAAUUAUGUAUAUGUAAUGCAGAACAGCUAAAUGAAACAAAAAUAAUGACACAGACAUAUUUAAAUAAUCAAAAUUUGUAUUGUUCAAAUGAAAUUCAUAAGCUAGUUGAUUUAUGAUUAAUUAUUACCUAUCAUACCAUAAUGAAUUCAUGGUACAAGUAUCAUUCAAAAAUUCAUUGUAUUGAAAUGAUUACCAGGUAUCUUAUAGAUCAUAAGAAGUUUCACAGCUUCUUAUUUUGUACAAUAUAUACACUAGCUAAGCUUCAAAAAGUCUGUUUAGAAUGUUGGCUUUGGAAAAAAAAUAUAAUUGAUUAUGUUAACACCUGUAUAAUAUUGUGCAUCUUUAAAAAAAGUACAGGAAAUGCAUGUACCUUUAACUUGCAGGCCAAACAUAUGUUGUGCAAAAGGAAAUUGAUGUACAAUAUAAUAAUUUAACAUCAAAUAUUGUAGCAAAUUGAAAUAUUGAUUGAUUCCUGGAUAGGUACGACCGUCUGCAUGAUGACAGUAAUCACUUUCUCACUAAUGGUCUCUGAAGAUUACACAGAAAGGCACUGACUUUCAGCAUCUGGUUUGCUACUGGCUUGUAACUUAAGGGCAUUAUGUUUGAUAAACUAUGAAAAAUUUUCAAUCGCUCAAUAGCUCUUUCCACAUGUAUUCGCUAUAUUCCGUGUUUUCUUGAUUUCAGUAGCAUUGAGACGUUUUCCUUUACCCCAUGAACAUUUUCGAGUGAAAGGUGGCAAAGUUGCAUGACGUUCCAAUAAUAAAUCCCUUAUCAAAAAAAACCUGUCUGCCAUAACCUCAUCUCCAGGUUUAAUAUUAUCUAAAAACCCACUUUCUCUUGUUAUGUACUUGUCAGAUGUGUUACCACUCCAUAGAUUUGAAACAAAAUUAAUACAACCAGAUGGAGUAAUGCUGAUUAGAGCUUCGAAAGUGUUCCUUUGUUUGUAUGAACUAUAUGUCAAACUUUGAGCUGAUGGUAAUCUUGGCUUUUCAAUAAAGAAUUCUGUACAAUCAAUGAUACAUGUUGUCUUUGGGAAAAGCAUGUGGAAACAUCUUGGCAUGAAUUUUUUCACUUUUUUGGAAAAAGGCCACUUCAAUAAUGGAGGGAAAAUAACAAACAUAAAGUUAAUCCAUGUGAUGUAAGUUUGAGAAACUCUGCUUUUUGCAGUUCCGAAAAUAUCAGCUAGACAAAAUGUCAGCAAUGCCAAACGAAGCUUUAUCAAAGUAAGAAUGAACUCUUCAAAACGACACAGCUUUCUUUUUGGGCCACUCUUCUGCUUUUGUGAAUCCUCUUGGUAGCUGGGCAUUUCUUUAGCACCUCCAUGGCCGGACCAAUAUU